AUGAUGGAUACUUAUGACCAUGACAUCACUUAUCGUCGAAAUGAUAAACAUUCAAAUCAUGAUGAUAGUUCAAUAUUUAUGAAAAAUACAUCAGACAAGAUGAACUCAAUUCGUUCAAGUCGUCAUUUACCAAAUGAAGCAUGUCGUGUAUGUGGUUUUGAGAAAACUACAGGUCGUAAUUUUGGUGUUAUAACUUGUUCAACAUGUAAAGCAUUCUUUCGAAGAAAUGGUCGUACAGCUUCAUCUUUACCACCUUGUCGUUUUGGCGGUAAAUGUCCUGUUAAUGAACGAACACGUCGUCAAUGUCCAACAUGUCGUUUAGCAAAAUGUUUUGCUGUUGGUAUGCAAAAAGAUUUAAUAAGAACAGAAGAAGAACGUGCUGCACGUUUACAAUUAGUUAAAGCUAAUCGUUUACAAAGAAAUGAAAAAUUAAAUCGAAAAAAAUCUUAUGAUAUAAAUGAAAAUGAUUUUUUAAAUAAUAAAUCAUUAAUGCCAACAUUAUCAUCAAAUGAUUGGAUACAAUUAACAAAUAUUCGUAGUGCAUAUGAACAUUUUUGUCUAUAUCCAAUAUUACGUUCGGAAGAGGAACGUGAAGAAUAUUUAAAUACUUUACCAAUUAAAUGUCGUUUAAAAGAACAUUCAUUUGUAAAUGUAUUAAAUACACGUUUAGUAUCAUUAACUGCAUUUUUUCAUGCAACUAUACCGGAAUUUUCAGUUGCCAUGAAUAGUAAUGAUCGCCAUUGGUUAAUACGUACGAAUUUACGUCAUCUAUUUUUAUUUUCAUCAAUGGAUUUAAUGAAUAUUAAUGGAAAUCAAUUACAUUUUGAUGAAAAUAAAGCUUGUCAUCAUGUUUAUUUAUAUGUUUAUGGCCAAGACUUAUUAGCACGUGGACAAUAUCUAAUACAUAAAUUAAAUCAUUGCAUUGGUUUUGAUCCCAUUAUAAGUAAAUUGACGCAAAUUAUUUUAUUUCUUUCUCCAUGUCUAAUUACUAAUUACUUGCCUGCUGUAAGUUCUUACCAGCCACCAUUAGAAACAAUUUUACAUAUAGUUCAUUCACAAGAACAAUACACUCAAGUAUUAUGGUCGUAUUUAAUGUAUCGUUAUGGAGAAAUCCAAGCACAAAAAUUAUUUAUGUUAAUUAUUGGACAAGUUUUACAACAACAAAACUAUGAAGCUGAUAUCGAUACAAGAUUAAUUGAAAGACAACCAUUUGGAAAUCUUGUUUAUACGGUAUUAACAUCAUUUUCAACGGAUUAG